GGGAGGUCGAGUGAGUAAAAGAGAAAGAGAUUCCCCCAUCAAUUGUUAGCAAAUCCAUGCACCAAAAUUAACAGAGGAGAUCCCUUUUCCACCAGAGAAAGAUGCCCUGCAUCAUCAUCACCAUCAUCAUGGCUUUUGUCUUGGCUUGCUUAGCUACAAGGUACGUUUUGUAGUAUUGCCACCAGGCUAUAUUUCAGCUCAUUUCGUGUAUAACUCCUUCAACUUUUAUGGUCAUGACUCAUGACCAUACUUCACAGAUCGCAUUGCAGGUGCCACCACAGAGAGAGAGAGAGAGAGAGAGAGAGAUGGAAGAGGGUGCUGUGCCUGGAGGGGAAAGUAACAAGAAACUAAAACUCAUGCAUGGUGAUGGUUCAAGUACUUCUUCAGCAGGAAAUGCAUCGGAGUUGGAGGCCCUAAGGAAAGAGCUCGAGCAGAAAAACUUUAAGAUUCAAGAGCUAAAAAGACAAAUUGAAGCAACUAAGCAUCGUCUGGAAUUAGGAAAGAAAAAAGUUCCAGAGGAGCAAAUGGAAGUGCUGAAGAGCUUGAUCAAGAAAUACAACAGCAUAAGAGAGGAACAUGAAGCAUUGUUGGCCGACAAGUCUAGGAAGAUAUAUUAUAAGUAAACAAAGGCAGCAAGCAUGCAUCUUAAUUAGUUUCAAAUUAAUAGAUCGAUGCUGAUGAUCAUCCAGUGAUUUUCAUAAACUUGGUUGCAAAAAUUAAUGGAUGUUAUUGGAGGUAA